GAGGCUUUGCGCACCACAGAAACGGCUCUGGCUAUGAACAGGUACAUCGGUUCGGCGGUGCUGCCUCUGCUGACCCGCUGCGCUCCUCACUUCUCCGGCACAGAGCAUCACGCCGCGCUCAUCGACUCCACGCUCUACACCGUCUACCGCCUGUCCAAGGGCUGUUCGCUCACCAAAGCCCAGCGCGACGCCAUUGAGGAGUGUCUGCUGGCCAUCUGCAAGUACCUCAGACCCUCCAUGCUCCAGCAUCUGCUGCGCCGGCUGGUGUUUGACGUGCCGUUGUUGUCUGAAUACUGUAAGAUGCCUCUGAAGGUAAACACGUCUCACGAUUAC